GUGAUUAGAAUAUACGAAAUACUGUUGAAUAACUCGAAUAGUGAACACAGAGUAACGUGUAUAUUUACGGACUGUUGUAAACAAAGAUUUACCUCGUAGUUCGUACCUAUUUGUGCACUUACACAUUUAAUACUUGUUUAAUACACGAAUGUUAACUGUUGAGUAUCACAAAAUGAUUUUUCAUUAGAUUUUUAGGUGAAGUUGAAUCUUUUAUUUUGCCAUAAAAAUAACCUACAAACAUUUUCGGCUUAGUGUUACAAUUUAGUAAGUGCAUUUUAUACGAUUAAGUGUAAUGGAAAUCUUUCGAUUGUACACGAAAACAAGCCGGAUCGUAUUUCAAGCCAAAUCUACGGAUCCAUCAACCUGGCAAAGUUUGCACACUUUGUUACCACAGUUACACAAACAUUUAUCAUGUCAGGUAUGCCAUAAAUUAGUUGACCGAUUGAAUCCCCAUUUAAAUGGAUAUGCAUGUUCAGCGUGUAUUAAUCAUCAGAUACCUGAAAAUGCAUCUAGUGCAUUAAUACAAUGCUAUAAGAAACUGUGUGCUUAUUUACAAAGCACGCCUGUGUAUAAAGUAAUGUGCACAAGAGAUGAAGACAAACAGUUAGUAGAAUUAAUAACUGAAGUUAUUAGUCUAUCUCGAUCAGUGAAUGGCUAUAAUGGAAUUAUUAAUGGUACAGUAAAUAAACAAGAUACAGAAGAAGUAAAUAUUAAAGAUGAAAUGUUAAUUUCAUCGUCAGAUGUUCAACUGCCUAUUGAAAACCCGACAUCAUUUGAUGAUAUUAAUUUGCAAAAAUUUGAUGAAGAAUCCCAAGAACACAAAAUUCAAAAUCAAUCUGAAUUCAACAAUAUUCCUAAAAAAAAGAAAAAUGAACGUCGUUGGGGCUGCCGAUGUGGUAAUGCUACAACUACUCCUGGCAAAUUAACAUGCUUUGGACAAAGAUGCCCUUGUUAUACAGAACAAAAACCUUGUGAACAAUGCAAGUGUAAAGGAUGUAGAAAUCCUAGACAGAAGAGAUCCAAUCAUGAUGACAACUUAGAAAUAGAUAAAAUACGCCGGAAACCAGUAACCUUAGAAUUAGUAUCUUCACUGAAACCUUCACAUAUUAAUAGCAAACCGGAAUUUAGUUCUUAUACUAUGCAUGAUACGUUACAGUUACCUUCUCACAGUCAAAAUUAUGAUCAAGGUGAGACUGAAGUCACACUUGGACACGUGAACUCUAUUUUCCAUUCUCCAUAAAUAACUAUCAUUGAACAUUAUUAAGUGGAACAAGUGUUGUAUGUUAUUAGAAAAUUAUUUGGUGGUGUUGUAUACUAUGAAUAACAGAUAUGUUACCUACAUCUUAAAUGAUAACUAUAAUAAUUAACUCUUGGUACCUUAAAUAUUUUUUUUCUUUAUGUAUUAUAUUAUAUAUUAUUGUAUUUUCUUAAAUAUUUAAAGGGUAUUUUAAAAUCUUAAAAAUAAAUCAAACACAAACAUUUGAAUGACUAAUCUCUGACAUUCUUAUUUAAGUGUCUUUGUUUCCAAUAGUAUGGAAAAAACAUUUUAUACUAUUUGUUAUAAUUUAUUAAUUGUUAAGUUAACUUCUAAUAAAAUUAUAUU